AGUUCGGUGUGCGUGGUUGACCGUUGGUUUUCGUUACUAUGAUUGGAUAUGGAAUAGAAUAUCAGUUGAUAAUGGCAUGAUUAAUUUUAUUUAAUGGAUUACAUUUUGUUAGGCUCUGUAACCUGUCUCAAUAAAUUCAACAUAUCACUUUACUAUAGAAACAAGUUACUUCCCGGGCUAUAAGAGAGGUGUCAUUUUGAAUUUAAAGGGCUUCAAGAAAGGAGCUUGAAUUUAAAGAACUUCACCAUUCACCCUGCUUAUGAUGAUGAAACGUCCGACGUGGGUGCUACAGUGCGCUGUUCUCCGUCCUCCGUUGCCUUGGUAACCAGUCGCUGGAUGUUGCGGUGAGAUCUUUCUUCCGACGACCCCCUUACAGUAUUCCGUCCGAACCAUUCCAUCCGCUGAUCGCCUAGCUGCCAAGCCGCUUCUGAAGUUCGGUCUUCUUGAAGUUUGUUAUCCGAUUGUUGGACUCGAAAAAAAUUUUGUUUGAGUUGACUUCUUUCAUUGUUUUUUGCCACCUCUGGUUUGGAGAAAGAAAAUAUUUUUCUUCUUUGAAUAUCAAUGUGAAAGCUUAUGUUUCUCUUCUUGAAUGUUUUAAGGCAGUUGAAAUAUAUUGCUGUUUUGUUUUCAAGGCGCGCUACUAGGUUUUAACUAUUUCUAUAUUUUUUCCUCUGUAGUUCCUUUUCUUUUAUCAAUUUUAAAUUUUUUCCCCCUUCUCAACCAUUUAAUUUUUGGCAAAAUUCACGAAUUAACCACGUGAUAUUGUAACUUCCGUCCAACCUACAUUCCAUUGCCAUGACAGAUUUUGCUCGGCAACCUCAAUCAUUCCAUAUAACUACUACAAGGUCCCGAAUAUCUUGUAUGUGAACGAUAUUUCCUAUGCGAGUUUUGAACUUUUUAUAAAAGAUUCUUCGCUCCAGUUAAAAAUAUAAAAUUAUCAACUUGAAAUUCUGUUUAUUCUUAAUUUACUUGCACUUCGUCUUUAAAUGAGUUAUUCAAGAAUGGACCCUGAACUUUUAAUUGUGUAAAAAAAAAAAAAAAAAGUUUUUAUUUUCCUCUUUUUUUUUGUUUUGGACUUUUUGGUUUCUCAUCGAUCAUGGCUGAUCACUCAGAACUGAUCAGUGAGUUGCAGCAAAUUGACAAAAUGACGACCCAAGAAAGACUGAAAUUGGCAAAGCGGAGACGCAUGCAACAACUCAAAAAGUGGAGUCAACGAGAAAAGGAGUACAACAGUAAUAAGAGGAAGAAAGAAAUAGUGGCGAAAAAAGGAAAAAGAAAGGACUACAAAGUUCAUUUUGUUCCUAGUGUUAUGCUUCUGGAAGCAGCAGCCCGGAACGAUAUAGAAGAAGUGAGGAGACUUUUAAUGCUCCAGGUUUCUCCUGAUUCUACAAAUGAAGAUGGUUUAACAGCUCUGCAUCAGUGCUGUAUUGAUGAUAGUGAAGAAAUGAUGAAAUUACUUAUCGAAUUCGGAGCAAAUGUUAAUGCCAAAGAUAGUGAACAGUGGACACCCUUCCACGCUGCUGCUACUUGUGGGCACUUACAUAUCGUUAAAUACCUAAUUUCGAAAGGAGCAGAUUUGUUAGCAGUCAAUGCCGAUGGAAACAUGCCAUAUGAUAUUUGUGAUGAUGAUGCCACUUUAGAUUAUAUAGAAAAUGAAAUGGCCAAAAGAGGUAUCACUCAAGAAAUGAUCGAUCAAACUCGAGCUGCAACGGAAAUCCGGAUGUUGAAUGAUUUGAAAAAAUUAGUAGAACAAGGCGGAAGCUUAGAUUUUGUUGAUGAGAAUGGUGCUAGUCCUCUACAUAUAGCUGCAGCAAAUGGCUAUUUAUCUGUGUUAGAAUUUCUUCUGAGCCACCAUGUUACUGUAGAUGUACACGAUGAUGAUCAGUGGCAGCCCAUACAUGCAGCUGCUUGUUGGGGCCAUCCUGAUGCCAUUGAAAUGCUGGUUCAAGCUGGUGCCGAUAUUAAUGCAAAAACAAAAAAUGGAGAAACUCCAUAUGAAAUUUCUGAAGAUAUUGAAGUUAGGGAACGAAUAAUGCAGUUAAAAUUUGAAAUGGAAACUAGAAAAGGUUCACAAAGCAACCGAUUACGGCGAUCACAUAGUCAGAAUACUCGAAGCCAAUCCAUUCGAAGAACGAGUAUUAGAGAAAAAGUUCAAAUCUCACGCAGAGAAGCUAGAGAAGAGGCUCGUCUGAGGCAAGAAAAGGAUGGUACCAAUUUGUUAGAUGAUGAAGAAUUAAAAAGUUCCUUGGAUUCCCAAGAAAAGGAAACCAAUAUAGACUCCGACGUGGAUCUGAAAGAUGUUGAUCUCACAUUUCUUCCCCUUGGGGGUAAAGACACUCUCCAGAGAUUCCGAGGCAAGACUGCUAGCGAAGCUCUGGAGAUGGGAGAUUCUACCAAGAGAUCCACAUCCAUAUUCAACAGCAUGUGUGAUAAUAAAGAAAGUGUGCCAAAUGAGAAUCCAGAAAAGGACACUGCUGGGGAGACCCCACCCGAGAUUCUUCCAAAUGGAAAUAAUGUUAAUUCCACUGAGAAGUCACCUCAAACCAAAGUGACAGAGACUACUUCCAUCAUACAGCAGAAACCUGGGCAGUCAGUUAAUGUGGAGAUACAUGUAACUGUCAACACUAGUCCCACGUAUGGGUCUAGCCUGGCAGAUUUGAAGAAGCAGAGAUGCGAUCAACGUAGCAGUAUUACUUCGAACAGUUCUGUUCAAGAUACCAAUGGUAAAUCUUUGCUGCAAAAUGGGUUUCUUGAGGGGAAUGCUUAUGAUAAUAAUAUUCCUCCUUCACCAAGUGUGUUACCCAGAAAAUUUGCUGGAGAUCCAUUGGAAGUUGUUGGAGAACCAAAAAAGAAGAAAGGCUGUUGCAACUUAAUGUGAACAUUAAAGACACAUUGAUGUUUCUUUCCUUGAAAUGCAUUCCAUUUUUAUAUAUAUAAAUAAAUAUAUAUAUAUAUAUAUAGACUUUAUAUUAAUUAUGUGAUGUUGAUGAAUUAAGAUUUGAGGAUUUUGUCAUAAAAAAGGUGAAUGCAUUUUUUUGCUUUUGAUUCAUUAACUGCUUUCAUGUUUUUGACUACAAAGUGAUAUUUUUCUAUUCCGAAAAUAAAUUUAAAAUGUCUUUCUUUCUUUUUUUCAAUGUACUUUCUUUUUUAAAUUAAUUGUUAUUGUUUACCCAUAAACAAAAAAAAUAUUGAGACGUUAAAUCAGAUUUUUUUUUUUUUUUAGUUUAUUCGCUUGAUUCAUUAAAUGUAAAUAAUUUUUGAUAUAUUAUUUUUAAGUGUAUAGUAUACACUUUUGUUUAUUUGAAAUUAAUUUUUUUAUUAUAUUUAAUAGAGAUUUUCACUGCGCUUUUUUCAAGAGUGGAUAUUUUAUGAUCAAAAUGUGUAAUAGAAUAUUAGAUAAGAAGGGUUUAUGUAUUUGUGGUCCAUACAAUUUACUGAUUUAAAAACAUGAAUUAUAAACAAUUUUAGCACAUCAAACGCAUUUAUAACUUGUUAGAAUAUAUUAAAUAGAAAUAUUUUUGAAAUAUGUAAGCAAGAGAACAUGAAUUUAAAUACAUGAAAUGCUUUUAUGAUAUGGCAUGUAAUUGCUGGUGUUUGUUAUUUGCAAUGAAUUAUAAACUUUAUAAAGAUUGGAAUAAAAACAUAUUUGUAGUUUUAAAAGGUUUCUCUUUUGGAUAUUGCAUCAUAUACUUAUGUAUAGAAACUAAAAUACAUUGUUAGAAUUUUUGUGGUAUUGUUAGGAAUUAAUCAUAGUUUGUGUAUCUGAAGUACUUUUAACAUUUUAUGUAAUUAAAAAUAUUUAUAAGAAAAUAAAAAUAUUAUUGAAUUGUAAAAUCAUAAUGUGUGUAUCUAAAAUUCUUUUAAUAUUUCGUAUAAUUAAAAAUAUUUAUAAGAAAAUAAGAAAAAUGUCAUGGAAUUGUAUAAGCCAAGAUUCUUAACCACAUUUAAUAUAGGAUUUUUUACAACUAUAAACAAGAUCAAAUUAAAUAUAAUUUUCUGAAAUUUAGGAAGGUAAAAUUUGGUUUCUAAUGAAUAAAUUUUUCCCUUGAAUUUUAUUAUUGUUUCCAAAUUUUUUAAAAAAAAUGUUGAUUCCAUCUGUAAUUAAGUGGUGUGUCUUGAAUUUAAAUAAACUCAUUCUGCUUAUAUCACUUUUGUUAAUAUUUUGUGUUAUAAAAUAUAUUUUUAAAUCAUUAAUAUUAAUAUAGAAGGAUAAAUAAUUGAAAACAUUUUUAGAACUUUUAAAUCAUAGAUUUUGUAUAGUUUCAUAAAUGUAUAUGUAUUUGGAGAAUAUAACUUUAAACAGUGUUGUUAUUCAUUAAAAUAUAUCAUAUAUGCCUAUAAUAUAUUAUUACUACCAAAAUUUUUAGAAAUUUAUGAAAUGAAAACUGCAUUUUAAAUAGUUCAUGGAAUCUUGUUCUACCUACUGUUAAAGUAUCCUCAUAUUUAUAAAGCAUUCAUGUAUUAAUUAAAUUUUGUGCAAUGACUAUUUGCAUGAAAGUUCUUCAUCAUAUAUUGUUUCUAACUAUACUUAUACUUGCAUGUUGUUAAGUAUUAUUGAUAGUUUUUCCUUGUCUUUUAUCAUUUAGAAGUUCUUAUAAAUCAAUAUUUAAAUACAAAAACAUUUGUAUCUAAAUUUCUAUUAAAUGCUUUUCAAAUGUUAAAGAUGUAUCUAAUGUAAAUUUUAUAUAAAAAGGGCUGAGAUGCUCUGAGAAAUAUAUGUUUAUGUUUGUUGAGAUAACUCUGGUCAUGAAGCUUGUUGUAAACGUAACUGCCUGUGAGCAAGAUAUUUUUCUGCUAAUAAAUGUUACCCUUUUAAACAAGA